AUGCUACGACGUGCGGUACUUCUGCAUCGGUCAGUCCGCGUGCUUCCUCGCCAGCAGUUCGCCUCUCUUUAUCGGAGACAAAGCUCUCUGACCAGCGCAACUGUGCAGCCCACCCGUCGAGCUGCUGGUUCUCUAGCGUUCCUCUCGCUCUCCGCUCUCGCUCUGACCUCCACGUCUUGUGCUUCUAAACUGCCGAUGGAGUCUGCUGACGCGGUGAAGGCGGAGGAGCUGUACAAUUACAACUCCUUCGACCGUCGUGAGCUCCUUAACAAGCUCAAGGAGAUGCACGCCGCUCAUCCCGAAGAUAUCGGCGUCAUCUGGCGUCUCACUCGCGCCGCGUAUGAUGUUUCCAACCUGAAAGCAACUAGCGCUGACGAGAAGAAGGAGCUGACGUAUUACGCGCGCGAUAUCAUCCAGAAGGGCCUAGAUCUUACGGAGGACGUCGCCGCUGUCCACAACUGGUACGGUAUUAUCUUAUCAUCUAUUGGGGACUACGAGGGCUCCAAGGUGUCGAUUGCCAACUCGUACGUGAUCAAGAGUCACUGGGAGAAGGCGGUGGAGCUCAAUCCUUCGAACCCCACGACGUAUUAUCUGCUGGGUCGCUGGUGCAUCGCCAUCGCCGAUCUGUCGUGGCUGGAGCGUAAAGCGGCGGCUGUACUGUUUGGUACACCACCCGAGUCCACGUACGAUGAAGCGCUGAGCUUUCUGCAUAAGUCCGAGGAGCUUGCUCCAGACUCGUGGAAGAAGCGCUCGCUGCUCAUCGCUCAGGUCUACCAGAAGAAAAAGGACUAUCCGACGGCGAAAGAGUGGGUGAACAAGGCACUUGCGAUCCCUGUCGGCGUGGAAGAGGACGAGAUUGCUCACGAAGAGGCUCAAGCGUUGCUGAAGAAACUGUAG